AAGCAACAAAGCAUUACACUCUCAACUGAGAAUUGUGAAUGAAAAACAAUUGCCCCGGUAGUUCCUUAACUAUCGAACUAGUUUCACACUCAUAUACCGUCAAGGUUAGGGCGCUGUAUAUAUGAUUCGACUUGGAUAUGGUCUGAGAGGAUUGUAAAUCUCAAGCGCAAAAAUGGCGGCCUCCGCCCUGAACCUCACUUCCACAAUUUCUCGUCUCCACCUCCUUCCAAAACCCUCGCUUCCUUCGCCACUGAGAGCCCUCACGACCUUAAAUCUCCACCAUUACCGCCGCCACCUCCAUUUCCCCAGACCCGCCACCGGGUCUCCUGCUUCUUUCAGUUCUUUCAACUCCUCGGUCCGCUUUUCCUCUUCAGACUUUUCUUCUCCGCAACUGCACAACCAAAUUCUCCGAACUGAAUCUGAUUUAGUGGUUCUCGGCAUCGAAACCAGCUGCGACGACACCGCUGCUGCCGUCGUUCGAAGCAAUGGUGAGAUUCUUAGCCAAGUUGUCUCUUCUCAGGCAGAUUUGCUUGCUCGAUAUGGAGGUGUUGCUCCCAAAAUGGCAGAAGAGGCGCACAUUCAAGUGAUUGAUCAGGUAGUACAACAAGCACUUGAUAAAGCUAAUUUGACUGAGAAGGAUCUCACCGCAGUUGCAGUUACAAUUGGUCCAGGCUUAGGCCUUUGUUUGCGUGUUGGUGUGCAGAAAGCUCGGAAAAUUGCUGGCAAAUUUAACCUACCAAUGGUUGGAGUUCAUCACAUGGAAGCUCAUGCUUUGGUAGCUAGAAUAACUGAAAGAGAGUUACAAUUUCCUUUCUUGGCCUUCCUCAUUUCAGGAGGCCACAAUCUUCUUGUUCUUGCCCGUGAUCUUGGCCACUACAUUCAACUUGGGACCACAAUAGAUGAUGCCAUUGGUGAAGCAUAUGACAAGACUGCAAAAUGGCUUGGACUUGAUAUGAGGAGGAGUGGUGGCCCGGCAAUAGAGGAGCUUGCGCGGCAGGGUAACGCUGAAUCAAUCAAAUUCUCAAUUCCAAUGAGACAGCAUAAGGAUUGUAACUUCUCAUAUGCUGGUCUGAAAACGCAAGUGAGGCUGGCAAUUGAAUCCAGAAAUAUAAAUGCUGAAAUCCCUAUUUCUUCUGCAAGUGAUCAAGAUAGAAGUUCACGGGCUGAUAUUGCUGCUGCUUUCCAGCGAGUUGCUGUAUUACAUCUGGAGGAAAGGUGUGAACGGGCAAUUGCUUGGGCAUUGAAGCUUGAACCUUCAUUAAGGCUCUUGGUUGUAUCUGGAGGGGUUGCAUCAAAUCAGUAUGUGAGGGUUCGACUUGAUCAAGUUGUUAAAAAGACUGGCCUAAGACUUGUCUGCCCUCCUCCAAGCCUUUGUACUGACAAUGGUGUAAUGGUUGCUUGGACUGGGAUUGAGCACUUUUGCAUGGGAAGAUUUGAUCCUCCUCCAGCUGCUAAUGAGCCUGAGGAUUCUGUGCUUGAUGUGCGACCACGGUGGCCAUUGGGGGAGGAAUACAGUGAAGGAAGAAGUGAAGCUCGUUCAAUGAGAAGGGCUCGGAUUCAUCCAUCCCUUACAUCUCUCAUCCAAGCAUCUCUGCAACAACCAUCAUAGACAACAUUCUCAAAUCCUUUCAAUUUCCUUAUGAUGUGGUAAAUGGAGCCAUUUGCCUUGCAGUGGGGUAAGAGGCAACAAUCCUGAUUGCAAUCCGAGGUUAUGAUGUUUUCACCGGAUGGAAUAGGGAAGGAAUGAAAUAAUAUUUGUAUAGGGCAAGAUGACAUUUUUCAAGGCAAAUUAUCAUGUAAAAGUCAUGUUAUUCUAACAAAUAUGGAAUAGAUGAGGUAUAAUCAUUUUGAAAAUUUUAAAUAAAAAUGUCUGUUCUUAUAUUA